CCCCCUGCGGCGAUGCGAGGACGGGAGCGCGCGCGCGCUCGCGCGUCCCCGGGGAGAACCACAGUGAGCGCGCCCGGACCGGGGGGGGGGGUUUCCCUCAGCUGCUGCUGCCAUCGCUGCCAGCUCCCCCCCGCCCCCCACCGCCUUUCGUCCUGCCCGCCCUCCUCCCAGAGGGCUCCGGGCCCUGCGCGGCGGCCGACGGGAACCCCAGGCGGGGACGGACUCCUGCUAGAAGCCCUGGCACAUAAAGAAGAGUUGUGUUUGGUGGACAAUGCUCAGAGACACUAUGAAGUCCUGGAGUGACAGCCAAACAGACAUUUACAGCAGUGACCAAGAAGAGGAAGAAGAAAUGAUCUUUGGAGAAAAUGAAGAUGAUUUGGAAGAGAUGAUGGAUUUAAGUGACUUGCCUACCUCACUCUUUGCUUGCAGUGUGCCAGAAGCUGUGUUUGAGGUACAAGAAGAAAAGGAAAGAUUCGAAGCACUUUUCACAAUCUAUGAUAAUCAAGUGACAUUCCAGUUGUUUAAAAGCUUUAGAAGAGUAAGGAUAAAUUUCAGCACCCCAGAGGCAGCAGCAAGAGCACGGAUAGAAUUGCAUGAGACAGACAUCAGUGGGAAAAAGCUGAAGCUGUAUUUUGCACAGGUCCAGGUGUCCAGUGAAGUAGGAGACAAGUCCUACCUCCUUCCCCCAGAACCUGUCAAACAGUUCCUGAUAUCACCUCCUGCAUCUCCACCAGUUGGGUGGAAGCAGAGUGAAGAUGCAACUCCUGGAAUAAACUAUGACUUACUCUGUGCUGUUUCCAAACUGGGUCCAGGGGAGAAAUAUGAGCUUCAUGCAGGAACGGAGUCUACUCCUAGCGUAGUCGUUCACAUUUGUGAAAGUGAAACAGAGGAGGAGGAGGAGAUGAAAAAUCCCAAACAGAAAAUCCUGCAGACAAGGCGCCCAGAUCCUAACAAUCCAACAAUACUAAAUGAAUCUAAAACAUUUGAUUGUACACGGGAGACAUUUGGUAUAAUUUCAUCCAUGAUCAGCUCUGCGGACAACAUCAACAUUUGGAGUAGUAACUACCAUAAAGAAGGAUGGAACCGAAUUGCAAAGGGAGCUGGAAAGAUUAGAGCUGUGAAUGAGAGGAGAGUCGGUCCUAAUAAAACUGGAGUCAAGAUGACGACAGCUGCACCACUGGGCAAUAAUACCUUGUCUCCAACAAAUGUGACCACAAAGUCUCAAGAAGAAAUUCUUUAUCAGAGUUCCGGAGCAAUCAUAGCUGCCAUCGUAGUUGGAGUGAUUAUUAUAUUCACAGCGGUUCUGCUCAUGUUGAAAAUGUAUAACAGACGCAUGAGGGAAAAACGAGAGCUAGAACCCACAAGCACCAAAGCCAAGACUCCACCGGCUUUUGGACAGAACAGUAACAAUGCUAACAAACCCACAACAAUAGCUAUCAUACCAGUGGACAUCCAUAUGCAGAACAGAUGACUGUGGACCUUGGCCCUACCUAUGGGAGAUCACUCUCCUUGAAGAAUGAGACUUGACAACCAAACUCUUUGUUCACAUAGACCUGUGACUCUUUACCAGAGGAGGACUGGCACUGGAAUAGUGACUACGCGUGGAGUUGAAACCAAGGAUUAUGUGGGUAACUGGCCACAUUUUCUUUUAUUAGAAGGAAAAAAUAAAAUGCUGAGCACCUUUGUAUGGCUGAUCUAACAAUGUGAUGGCAUCAUAUCAGCAGAAACAUGAAGAGUCUUAUUUUCUUUGUAGAAGUUAAGUGGCAACAAGUGGCAAAAAUACCCUUUAGAUGAGUCAAAAGAUGCACACUCCUUUAUUUACAGUGUCCUUGAUGAGUCAUGAGCAGUUUGGUGGGCUUUCUUUUCCUCUCCUGCAGUGAUCAGUAGUGAUGAAAAUGAAAGAUCUGGAUGUAAAGGCUAUAACUAUGCUUCAUUCUUGGAUUUGUUAUGCUUGUAUCUUUUUAUAUUUUUAGCAUGAGGAAUAACAUGUGAAGUAACAAAACUGUAUUCAGACUUCACUGGCCUUUCUGAUUCCCAAUCAGAUACAUAGACGUGGAUUCAGAUAGAACAGGGUAUGAAUGUGAUAUGCU